AUGAACGGUGCCAAGCAUUUACCGAUAGUCCAUCGAAAACCAUCAUCCGGCGGUGCUUUCCGCUCUUCUUCCUCGACUUCCAUGCACACACCCGCCUACUCUUCCUCAUCCUCCACCCCAUCGGCCUCAACGUCAACCGGCCAUUCACCAUCAUCAUCCACAACAUCAAGACACAGGCCAGCCGUCCAGUUCGCCUACCCGGGCCCACCGUCGUCGCGAGCUUCGACCUCGUCUUCAAGACACAGUGAUCCCAUCCAAAAUCAAGCGCCGGCACAUGCGUCUUCAUCAUCGGCAACAACGUCAAAUGUCUCUUCUUCAUCGUCUACAACGUCGGCUGGCCCACCCGCACCCUCUCCGUCGCCCACCCCCUCGAGCUCCUCAACAUCUUACGACAUCUCAGCUUACUCCUCAACUGAUUUGUUAAAGUUACUGGCUUCGUUGCUGACACAGAUAGCAGCCACAAACGAUGCUCUCACGUCCUCCUCGUCCUCCUCGUCUUCAUCCUCCCCAACCUCUCCACAUCCGCCAUCAACGAACCGCUCUCCCCGCUCCUCUUCGUUCCCGCACUCUUCGUCCUCCUCACACCCUUCAACGCCGUCGUCUUCGUCUGCGACCCACCACAACCAGCGUCAGCAUCCUCCCAUCUGGUACACCCUAACAACAGCCUCCCGCACCGCCCUCUCAACACCCACCUCAACACUAACUUUCCACGCCCGAAACAUCCCCUCCAUCUCCCUAGAAGCCUACCUCCUACGGAUACUCAAGUACUGUCCAACGACUAACCAUGUGUUCCUCAGCUUGCUCGUAUACUUUGACAGAAUGGCGAGACUGAGUGGGGAGAUUGAAGGGGAUAUAGACGAAGAUGCAGAGGAUGAGUUUGGGUCUGUGGGGACACAUGGGAUUGGGGAUGAAGGGGACAGGGAUGUUGAGAUGAGAGGCGGCUCAGUGACUGGAGAUUCAUCGACGAAGAUGGAUGUGGAUACGGACCUCUCUGCGUCUGCUGUUGCGCCUCCCAGGAAACGAGCGAAGAGGAGAAGACCCCAGCGCUCCUUUGUGAUCGACAGCUACAACAUUCAUCGGCUUGUCAUUGCUGGUGUAACGGUUGCGAGCAAGUUUUUCAGUGACGUGUUUUACACCAAUGGACGAUAUGCAAAGGUUGGAGGUUUGCCUCUUCAUGAGCUUAACCAACUUGAAUUGCAGUUCCUACUCCUUAAUGACUUCAGGCUUGUGAUUAGUGGAGCUGAGAUGCAGAGAUACGCCGAGCAGCUCAUCCUAUUCUCUAAAAGCCAGUCAAAUCCUAUCGUCCUCCGGAUGGAGAGGAGUUUAGGGGAGGCAGGUAGUUUGAACGGAUCCUCUUAUCACAAACGUUCGGGGAGCAGUGGGAGCACAGUGUCUAGAGAUGGGAAAGGAGAGAAGGAUGGCAACAAAGAGAAACGUUUGAAUGGUACCCAUUCCCACCACCAUCCAUCGCAUUCGAGUUCGACGAGUUCGCAGUCCCAUCAGUAUUCUUAUGCAGGUGGAAGAAAUGCUGCCGUUGCCUCGACGUCGUCGAAUCCGGUAUUUGUAACGCAGCCUCAGCCACCGUCUAUGGCGAGGGGUAGUCAGGACGGGGUAGUGGAGAGCAGACAUACGCACGUUCCGCUUCCUCCUCCACCCGCGUCAUCCUCGUCCCAUCAGCCCUCCUCGAGUUCAAGUCUAGCACAGCCGAAGGGAGUGCAAACCCCCAAGUUUGGAGCACAAGCCCACCGUCCGACCCUUACGAACGGUCACCAUCCCCACUCAUUCCAACAUCACCAACGCCAAGGCGAGUUCUCCCACUACGACGCUUCUUCCGACGACGAAGACGACGACCACUCGUAUUCUGAGCGUGGGUUUGAAACUGGGACUGAGAGUGGGAGUGGGUUUGAUACUGGGACCGAGACGGAGACGGAAACGGAGGGGGAGACGGAUGCGGGUGAGACGGAUGCGAGUGGGAGUACGACGAGUGAUGAGCCUACUGUGAGACCUAGGAAGGCGUAUGUGAGGGGGAGGAGGGAGAGUAUGGGGAGUAUGAUGGGUGGUGGGGAUGAGGAAGGGGGUGUUGGAGGGAGUGAAGUCCGGGGAGAGGGAGAGGGGAGUGGUGGGGGAGAGGGAGAAGGGAGAGAAAGGGGAAACGAGAGGACACCGGAAGUUGGUCGACGUUCGGAAGAUCGGGAUGUGGGUAUGGACGUGGAUCCUUCUAGUCCAUAA